AAUCACGGCGGGGAGGGUUCGCUGGCCCCGCCCCGCCUCCUCGCGGGUCGCGCGCAGCUCGCGCCUGCGGGAACUGCGGAUCCGGGGUCUGAGCGGGCUUGGGGCUGUUUCCAUUGAAUGACCAGGAAGGCUCUCAGUGCCUAGCGUUCCUGCAAAACUGCUUCCACGCAAAGGGACCUUCGGGAAAUUUCGCUGAGCACUGCUGACUGACAAACCCUGAGUCCCUGGGCCUUUCCAGUUUUCCUGGCAGGUUGAUUUCAAGGCAACAUGUCCUCCGCUUCUAUGAAGGAAUGCCUGCAGCUUCAGCUGCUGGAGAUGGAAAUGCUGUUUUCCAUGUUUCCCAACCAAGGAGAAGUAAAACUUGAAGAUGUAAAUGCCUUGACGACUAUAAAGAGGUAUUUGGAAGGCACAAGGGAGGCGCUGCCACCAACAAUUGAAUUUGUGAUUACACUCCAGAUUGAGGAGCCCAAGGUGAAAAUUGAUUUGCAAGUAACCAUGCCUCACAGCUACCCCUAUGUAGCAUUGCAGCUGUUUGGACGGUCAUCUGAGCUUGACAGACAAGAGCAGCUACUUCUCAACAGAGGUCUCACUUCUUAUAUAGGGACUUUUGAUCCAGGUGAGCUCUGUGUAUGUGCAGCAAUCCAGUGGUUACAGGACAACAGUGCCUCCUAUUUCCUGAACAGAAAGCUCGUUUACGAACCAUCUACGGAAGCAAAGCCAGUCAAGAACACAUUUCUCCGAAUGUGGAUCUACAGCCACCACAUUUAUCAGCAGGACCUAAGGAAAAAGAUUUUGGAUGCUGGGAAAAGGUUAGAUGUGACUGGAUUUUGUAUGACAGGAAAGCCUGGUAUAAUCUGUGUGGAGGGCUUCAAAGAGCCCUGUGAGGAAUUCUGGCACACAAUUAGGUAUCCCAAUUGGAAGCACAUUUCCUGUAAGCAUGCUGAAAGUAUGGAAACUGAAGGAAAUGGCGAGGAUCUGCGCCUUUUCCAUUCUUUUGAAGAAUUACUCCUUGAGGCCCAUGGUGACUACGGAUUAAGGAAUGACUAUCACAUGAAUCUGGGCCAGUUCUUAGAAUUUCUUAAAAAACACAAAAGUGAGCAUGUUUUUCAGAUACUAUUUGGUAUUGAAAGCAAAAGUUCAGAUUCCUAGGAAGUUAUUUAAAGGCCUAUGCUUAUAAUCUUACCAAGUCAGUAUUUCUGUUAAUAAAACUACAAUAUUCAGGCCAGUGGCCAUUUAGCAUUCCUGUGAGAAACCUGGCUGCAGAAUUUUUACAUAGGUCUUUUAACUUUACAGUAGUGCCCUCGUGAUGUUAUCUCCAUGUUCUUGUAUUAACUGGAAGCUAUUUAAUUGUAACUUAAUAAAAGCAGUCACUUUAACUGGGGAAGCUGAUUUGUAAAGAAGAGUCCAAAGCCCAUAGUUAAUGUCAACAGUCCAACCCCCACUCUGAAUUCACAAAUAGGAAUAACAUCUAUCCCUUUCACAGUGCUACCAUAAGUUGGCACACCACAUUCCCUUUCAUUAUUGGGGAUGAAUUCUAAAUCAAGUUUAAAGUGAGAACAAAGCACAUUUACAACAUUUCUUACUUUAUGCUAAAGUCCCCUAUUUUGAGUUUUUUCUUUCAGUAAAACUGGAUCCCAUCUGUAAUGGCAGAGGAAUCAGAAGUUUCAAGAGUAAUGAGGACGACACGUGUUAUCUGGCCGUUUGGGUUGGUUGAUUAAUGACACUAAAGAGAAUGAUACCAGUGUUCUCAGUUCUUACCCACACAAAAAGAUACUUCUUGUCUACAAAGUGUUGCACAGGUGAUGCAUCCGGGGAAUCUCCACCCAUGUGCCAGGACAGGAGUGUUGAGAGGACCAGUGUGGAUGCCUCUGAACCAUCGCCUUACUGGGGGUGAAAAACUGAACUCUACACUUUGGUGAUAAGUUACUGUCAUCUCUUCUGAAAAUUCCAAGCUCCACAGGCUUCACCAGCCUUUUUCAAAAUAAGAGUUUAUUUCAAUGAUAACCCCUAAUAAAGUGGCACUUGCCAAACCUUUU